AUGACAGAAGAAAAAGCUGAAGCAAUAAAAACAAUGAAAUCUUCAGGUCUAACUACAAUGGACACUUACAAUUAUAUGGCUACAGAGGCUGGAGGAGAACAGAAUGUAGGUCAUAGUGUUGUAGAUCACCUGAAUUUUUGCUCAAGGUUAAGAAUGGAACAAAUUGAGGCUGGAGAUGCUCAAACUUUAGUGAACAUUUUAAAUCAGGAACAAUCAAAGGAUCUAAACUUCUUUUUUAAAGUGAAGUUAGAAAAGGAAGGAAGAAUUUCCAAUAUCUUUUGGAGAGAUUUAAUGAUGCUAAAAGACUAUAGGAUAUAUGGAGAUGUGCUUGUCUUUGAUACAACAUACAGAACCAACAGAUAUAUUCUUAUAUGUGCUCCAUUUGUUGGAAUAAAUAAUCACUGGCAUAAUUGUAUGUUUGCAUGUGGUUUUAUUGAGGAUGAAAAAACAGAUUCAUUUGUGUGGCUACUAGAAACAUUCUUAAAAGCUAUGGAGAAUAGAACACCAACUUCAAUAUUCACUGAUCAGGACCAAGCAAUGGCAAAUGCAAUUGAGCAGGUGCUUCCUAAUACAAGGCAUAGACUUUGUAUCUGGCAUUUGGAACAAAAUGCCAUAACCAGAUUUGGAGCUCUUAAAAAAGACAAAGAAUUCAAGUAUGCAUUCAACCAGUGCUUAAAGAUGUGUGUGACAAAACAAGAAUUUGAAGCAAAAUGGCAAGCAAUGAUGCAGAAAUAUGAGUUGACAGCACACUCUUGGUACCAAAGAGUGUACGAGUUGAAAGAGAAACGGUGUCCUGCCCUUAGUAGAUAUUUCUUUUCAGCAGGAAUCUUAUUGUCACAAAGGAGUGAAAGCACUAAUCAUAAAAUAAUCAAUCAUUGGAGAAGCACAGAGAAAUAUGAUGAAUUUACCUACAGCAAGUCAAUAUCAUUCACUUCAUUGCCACUAUCUGGAAUGUUAAAACAUGCUGCACAGGUUUUCACUUUGUCACUCUUUAGAGAUUUUAAAGAGGAGUUUGGAUACUCUAUGGCAACAACUGUUCAAAUGAUAGGAAGAAAUGAAGAAUGUCUACUUUAUCAGGUAGCCCUGGAAGACAAGCCAUGGUCUGCACAUCAAAAUUCUACACUUGCAUUCAGUAACAAGAAUACCAGACAAGUAUGUUUCAAAAAGAUGGCUAAGUUUGAAAAAACAGAGGCAUGGGAUAGGUUGAAGAAUCAGGAUCCUACACAUCAAUAUAUUCCAUGGAGACAAACAAUGAUAAGGAAAUACUACAAUCUAAUCUUAAAGAGUCAAGAAAAUGAAGAAACAAGAGAAUUUAUGGAAUAA